AUGCCGCCAAGACUUAGAGGCUGUGGAGGCCGUGGAAAGGGUCCUAUGCGAGGAGGACCUUCAAGUCAAGCUGGGCCAUCCCAUAGAUGCACUCCGUCCGCAUCCUUUAGUACCUCUGAUUCAAAUGAUGAUUGGAGGCAAUCUUUACAACCCGUGAGGCGAUCCGUCUCGCUAAGUAUAUCACCCUCAUAUCACCCUUCUUUUGGGCCGCCUAUACAAGACGAGCCCCAACAUUCACACCAUUCUCAACAUUCUCACCACUCACAUCAUUCAUACCACUCUCUACACUCUCAUUCUUUUCACCAUUCUGAUUCUCGCCAUUCUUAUUCCCCGGGCCAAUUUAACCCAAAUGAUUAUAUUAAUGAACCACCGGGUUAUAACUCUCUAGGACCCGAGGACCACUUCUCGCAAGAUAUGGAGAUGGACGAUGAUCCAGAUCCAGAGAUGCCACCAACUGGGACGCCAACACAUCCCAUCAGUAUCUCCAGCGGUUCUUCCUAUGCAGGAUCGCCAUAUCAAGGCCCCGACUCAUGGGCCGAAAGGUGGAACACAUACAUUUGGGAAUUUACCCCUUCUUUUCACAACUCUCCUCCACAACCUCCAUUGGAGGAACCGUAUCUUCAGACGGUUACUCCACCGCCAUUACCCGUUGAGGAACCACCUCAACAACCACCACAACCACCUCCUGAGCCACCAAGGCGGAGGCGGAAUGCACGGAUGUCCGUGUGA